AUGCAUUGGACCAAGGAAGCAACUAAUGGUUUGGAGAGAAUAGUUAAUGACCUAGGUCAAGAUAAAGUAGAUCAUAUGGAUUGGGAUCUAAUACAUGAUAAGUUUGUUAGAAUCUUUGGUCAACAUCGUACAAAAAAACAGCUACAAGAAAAAUGGAGAAAUUAUCUAAAAAGUGAUGUCAGGCUGCCCGAUGGUGAAAGAUUUGUAUUUAGCACUGAACAAAUCAAUUAUAUUAAAUUACAACGGGAUUCUUUUGGGAAAAGUUGGGCUGAAAUACGAGAUGAUUUAAAUAAGAAUUCAGAUAUGAUUGUAAAAACGACUCCAAAUCGCGUAAAGAAUGCUUACCAUAAUGCGACUAAGAAACUGCUUAGACAUCAAAGACUUAGUUUAUCAGCUACAGUAAAAACACAAAAGCCAAAUCCUAAUGUACAUAAUGAAGAUACUUUGGCAGAGCUUUAUGCGUGUAAUAAAAAGAUUGAAGCUGAUCCUAAGUUACAUAUCGAAGGAAUUGUGCCAUCUUUUGAUAUGGAUAUGGAUAUGGAUAGCGAAUCGACAAA